AUGCGCGCGCUCCCCAGUGGCCGCGCGGGGCAGCCCCUUGCCCCUGGACUGCGCGCCAGCGCGCAAUGGCGGGCGCACAAGCGGGCAAGGUGGAUGGCGUCGGGACGCGCGGGGUGGCAGGGGCUGCGCGUUUGGACGUCUGCCGCGGUUCGGCUGCGCGGGGGGAGGCGGGGAGGGGCGCGCCCUGUGAUACAGGCUGUCACUCCCAGUGUGAGUGUCAAGCCCCAGCCAGCGUUUGAGCAUCGCUACGGCCUGCCAAUCGUCCGCGAGUAUGCCAAGUACCACGAGAUACUUCGCGAUGUGCGCACUGAAAAGGUGAAAGAAAUCCACUGGUUCACACAAGAGGAUGAAUAUGAGGUGGAGGGCCCCUGUCUGAUCGAGUAUAAGGAUGGGAGUAUCAAGCAGGGUCACAUACCUCCGAGCGACCUCAGGAUACCCUUUGCCAUGAAUGCGCACAAUGUGAAGGGCACUGCCCUUAGGCCUGUGCCAGCGCCUGAGGAGCUGGACCCCCCUGUCCCACCCUCAGAAAGGAUGCUGGAGUUUGUUUCAAAGGUUUUGCCGAUCAUAGGACUCAUAGCAGUGUAUGCAGCUGUCCACUAUAUGGCUUGGCUUCGAGGGGACAUGGAUGACAGGCGCAAGAUACGGCAAAAGGAGAAGGAGGAAGCACGGAGGCUGAAAGAGGAGAUCAGCCAGGAGCAGAGGGAGGAGGAGGCAGAGACGCUGGCCAUGAUGGGCUGGGACGCAGAGGACAUCAUGGAGGAGCUGGGUCGGAAGGGCAUAGAAAUGGACAAAGGCUAUGUCGAGCGCCUUGUCAAGCGGUCCUCAGCCAAGCUGGGCUAG